CUUGCAGCUGCAGUUGGCGGCGUCAUCGUCACCGUCACAUAAACCAACUCGAUCGAUCGCGUGCGACUGCGAGCCGUCCGUCCGUCAUGGCGGACGUGCUGGUGGGCUCCGAGCGCCGUGUCCUCAUCAGCGGCUACGGGUACGGCCUUCCCCCGCAGCCCCCGCCCCCGCCGCCGGCAGAGAGCCAGCUGCUCGGCCGCCUCGACCAGAUCGACCUCCGGCUGCGGCAGCUGGAGGAGCAGCAGCAGCGCCGCCCGUCGCACGCCGACCCGGCCCCGGCCCCGGCCCGCCGCGCGCCGGCGCCGCAGCACCAGCACACCAAGUCCCUGCCGUCGGCGCUGCAACACGUGCAGGUGCGGAGCGACCUCAUGGACCGCCUCAACCUGCUGGAGUCCCGCAUCAGGCAGCUCAGCAGCGAGCUGGACCUGGACGUCGGCGGCAAGGCCGCCGGCCACGCCGCCCACCAGCUGGUGCUGGGGACCUCCUCGUCGGUGCCGCAGGUCGAGGACCCCGCCACGUGGUCCGACCUCGCGCCGGUGGCGGUGGUGGACCCGGCCCCUGCUGCGGCGUUCGGCGGCGGCGGCGGCGGCAACGAGAGCAAGAGCAAGCCCGCGGCGGCGGCGGCCGGCGGGAGCUGGAGCGCCGUGGAGAUCCUGCAGCGGGGCGCGCGCCAGCUCCACCGCAGCACCAGCAGCAAGCCUAACGCGCCCACCAAGGUGAAGAAACUGCAAGAAACAAAAUGCGCGUGCCAGAAGGAGAAGAGGAAGGCGGAGCGCAGCAAGACGAGCAGGCGGUGGUUCAUGGUUGGAUGCUGAAGAAGUGGAAGUUGGCAGUAACACGCAUGGCGAUGAACUAACUGAUCUUGGUCGAUCGUGUACAAGCCAUAUAUAUAUAUAUAUUUUUUGUAUUGUUUUUGUACUCUGCUUUGAUCUACUUCCGUCCACCAUUAGUUGUAAAGUAUUGUCAUGGUCCAUGAAUGCAGCAUUUUUCUCGUC